UGAAAAACGUUUUGUCGAUACCAAGUACGUAUAUCGUGAAGUACGUACCGUGCAUGCAUGUGAAUGAAUGUAGAAACGAAAGUUUGAUGGGAUGUAGACAGUGUAUCAUUAUGCCGACUGAAAUUUCCCAUGACGAAUGUGGCGAUGAUCCGGAGGUUUCAAGAAAUUGCAGUUUUACAGUUUCCCCGGCGUCUGUUGUGCUAGGUACUUCUUGUGUAAUAGUUUGCAUUGUAGUUAUUGCCGUUGCCACGACUACGUCUAAUUUCCAUGACAACCAUCCAAUCGUAUGGAGUAUUGUGGCUAUUACUAGUAUACUUAGUACCAUACUCACGAUUGUGAUCUGGAAAAGGAUACACACACUCGGACAAAACUCUUUGGACUACAGAAUACUGGACGUUGCCAUCAAACCUAAAAUUUUGUUUCUGUGGAUUUUUGGAUUCGCGAAGAUCUUUUCCUCGACACUUGAGAUUGCUGUUGGGUUUCACUGCGUGAACCACAGCGAGAAACAAAUGUUUCCUGGUGAAAUAUUUCUAUCAAUCUUUACAAACUUUUCGGAAAUCGCUUUCGUCAUAUCCCAACUGUGCUUCUUAAGUUCUUAUUCAACAUGCAAAUUGAAGGCAGAUAAUUUUGUAAAUAUUGGACUGUGGACUAUUUUACUGACCCUCAUAGUACAAUGGUUUAAAACGCUUUUCACCACUUUGGCACGGAAUAAUAUGAUAAACGAUAUUACAAUGAACGAUACCAGGAACAGUUGUUUCCAAACUGAUGGAUUCAAGGUGAUCGAAAAGAGUAUCUUACCAUAUACAGAACCUAUGUCAACAGAAUAUGGUCUUCUUGCAGUAGGGAUUAUACUGAGAUUGGCGCCAUUUUUUGACUGCAGUGGAACAACAUUACAAUCUGAAUACCAAGACGUAGAGCAGACCCCAUUGUUGAGGGUUCAUAAUUUCGGUACAGCAGCUUCCUACAGGACUCCAAUAUACAACUGUCACCACGAUUCCACAGAAGUGAUGAACAGGAAUCAGUUUCAAAUACCUUCAUUUUACUGCUGUCUUCUAACAGCAUUCAUCUCUUGCCUUCCUAUUUUGGUAACAAUUAUUCUGAAUGCCUACGAAGGAACGGAAGUACAAUUUGCCUUGGGAGUUGUGCAGUUCGUCUUUAAAGUUGAACUCACUACUCUAACCAUUUUAAGCUGCUAUUUGUGGUAUAAACAAUACGGGAAACAUAAUAUCUGCAUUCAGAAAUACGAUGGAAAACUUACUCUUCUUUUGAGUACAGCAGGGACUUUGAUUCAUUUCACAUUUGGACUAAUUGCUGGUGUUAUUCAUGAAAAGCAAGAAAAGUCUAGUGAUGCAACAUUUCUCAUUCUUCAAAAAGUUCUGGAAAUUGUCAUCGUUGUUAUUCAGACAUUUUUGAUUCUGAGAGUGCAAAGGCUGCGCACAGUUCAUGUUAACAGACAACCAAGAUGCCUGUCGGUUGGCAAGUUGUUCUACGUAUUUUACCUUAUGCGUGUCAUCAUGUGGAUCGCAGACAGCUAUAUUGGUAAAAACACAGGAAAGAUUAUGCCAAUUGAGUCAGAAGUGUAUGGGGACAAAUUCUGGAAAACUGUUAAUGAUAUGCUAUAUCCAUUUACUAUGUUCUAUUUAUUUCACACUGCAAUUGAUUUCUAUCAAAUGCACAUCAAAUAUGAGAAAUCUAUUUAGCACAAAGUUACCUGAAAACUCUUAUACUUGUACAAAAAACAUGAUUAGAUUGUAAAUAUUGGAUCGUCGAUUAUAGUAUCUAAUGAAACACGGUUGUAUUGCCAAUUUAUUCGAUCUUCCUUAAGUUUGGUCGGUUAAUUUCAUUCACCAAUUUUGUUGAUAUGACGUGAACCAAAUAACCCACCUUGUAAUAUAAAACAGCAUGUAAGAUUGUCAUCGAAUAAAGUAUGGAUCAGAUCUAA